CUUAGCUAAUGAGUCAAUAGCAAUUCGCCCAGGUUGCUAGUCGUAAACUGAGUUACAUUAUCUCAAUUGCCAAUUCCGGUUUGCUUGCUUUUUGCACUCCUAAGGCACCUGUCGCGAUGCGGACGUUAAUACCCCAGGAAAAUGACGUAUCAGUAUUACCACCUUUAUUCCCAGUGUUCCUGCUGCAUCGGCGUCCGCCCUCGAUCACGUUUCGACCGCGCGCUGAACUCGACCCAUCUGCCGACGACCUAAGCUCACGGCGUAGCAGCAACGAUGCCAGCAGCACCUCAGGCACCGGAAGCAACAAGCCUUCUGAUGUGCCGAUAAAGUUCACCCUUCCGAAGAGCUUUGGUGGGGGAAUCGGGCUCGGCAUCGGCGGCGGUCUCUUCCUGGGCGGUACUGGCUCAGCAAAGGCGGUGGCACUUUGGCGGUUUCCCGGCAGAAGGCGUCGCGUGGUGAAGGACGCGGAUAAGAAGCGCAUCCUGAUCGGCAUGUCCAACACGGGCGGUGGCCAUAAAGCCAGCGCAGAAGCCAUCCAAGCGGCUUUCCAGGAGCGCUACGGGAGCAAAUAUGAGAUCUACAUCGUGGACCUGUGGAAGGAGCACACGCCGCCUCCCUUCAACUCCCUGCCCGACUCCUACUCCUUCCUGGUCAAGAACUCCUUCCUGUGGCGCCUCACGUACGGCCUCACCAACCCGCGCCUCAUCCACGUGCCCUACCUCUCCUCCGUCGGCUGCUUCGUGGCUCGGGGGGUGGGAGAGGCACUCGACAAGUACCAGCCGGACCUAGUGGUCUCCGUGCACCCCCUCAUGCAACACAUCCCGCUGCGAGUCAUGCGGCAGCGCAUCUCCUCCGGCGCCAUGCCGCCCACCAACUUCGCCACCGUGGUGACCGACUUCACCACCUGCCACAACACCUGGUUCAGCCGGGACGCCACGCGCUGCUUCGUGCCCACCGACUUCUGCCGCGGACUGGCGUUGGAGAACGGACUGGAGGCGGAGCAGAUCAUCAUGCAUGGCCUGCCCAUCCGCCCCUCCUUCAGCCGCCCGCCGCCCCCCCGCGCCGCUCUGCGCCGCUCUCUGGGCAUGUCGCCCUGCCUUCCCGCCGUGCUGCUGGUGGGCGGCGGGGAGGGCAUGGGCGCGCUGGAGGACACUGUGGAGCAGCUGGAGGCCAGGCUGGGGGACAAGUGCCAGGUUGUUGUCAUCUGCGGCCGCAACCGGCGGCUGCAGGAGCGGCUGCGCGCCCGGCCGCAGGGCCCCGGCCACCUGCUGCUGCACGUGUGCGGCUUCGUGGACAACAUCCACGAGUGGAUGGGCGCAUGCGACACCAUCAUCACCAAGGCGGGCCCCGGUACCAUUGCGGAGGCGCUCAUCUGCGGUCUGCCCAUCCUGCUGAACGGAAACGUGCCUUGUCAGGAGGAGGGCAACAUUCCGUACGUGCUGGAGAACCGCGUGGGCGCCUUCGAGACGCGCCCCGACCGCAUCGCGGCCAUCAUCGCCUCCUGGCUGCUGGAGGGGGGGCGCGAGAUGCGGCAGCAGUUCGAGGAGAUGAAGCGCAGGAGCAAGGCGCUGGGCAGGCCGGAGGCCGUGUACCGCAUCAUGGAGGACCUGAAGGCGCUAGCGGAUGAGCCCUUCUUCGACUUCGGACCGGCCACUGCGGCGCUGCUGGGACGCAACGGCAAAACACCCGCCGCUGCCACCGCCGCCGCGACUGCGUAGCAUUAGGUGGUUACCGUACGGCAACAGGUGUUUGGUUGUUGUACGGUAGUAGUAGUAGUAGCAACAGCAGCAUGCAUAUGGUAUGGCGGGAAGUUUGGUGUUGUGGUGGUGUAAUCGAGCAGAACGGAGGAAGUCUGUGAAAGGGUUGUUGAGGUUGUGUGGAGGGGUUGAUUAAAGUUAGCGCAACAUUCGCAGGGGGCUAUACUCCCCUGCGUGCCCGCUGCUGUGGCUUGCACUGUUGCAUUUAGGUGAGAGAGCAGGAGAGCAGGGAAUGGAGAGGGAGGAACUGAGAGAGCCCCGCGAUUUAUAUUUUAGUAAAAUGGAGAGCGAUAGAAAUAGAGGCUGCUUUAAGGAAGCAAACAACGUGCCUGGAGUUGGGUAGCGUGAUUGGGCCUUUUUCCUGGGAUGCGAUACGGUGGUGGCAUGAUCCGACGAUUUCCAAAGGCGGCGUCUUGGUAGCCGGGCAACAAAGGCAGUGGUGUGUGUUUGCGCCCGUACAUCGAGCGUGCCGUGUAGCUUACAAGCGAUGUUCGUGGAAAAGCCUCCUUGCCUUUUUCCAACCUAGACAUGUGUGUUUUAAGGAAACUGGCCGCGAGUAAGAACGUACUGAAUUGUCGGAAGACGAUGUCCCAGCCAGGUGAAUGCAAGGUGAAUGCAUGGGGUGUGUCCUCGUGUGCUAUCGGGUUGACUGGACGCCUAUCAGCUGGUGUGCUGUACGGCCCCGAUUAGCGUCUGUGUGCAUGCUCUAGUACCGUACCAUAUGUAACGGUGGCGUGCAGGAUGUGACGGCAGGUGCAGGGAUGUGCUAGCUGGGGUGGAAACCGUAGCGUUCAGGCCCGUGGGUACACUGUUGCAGGAGCGGUGCGGGUUCUGACAGAUCUGAAAUGCAUCCCGGCUGGUGUGAGGCUGGCGGGGCUUAGUGUGUACGGUAGCGGCAUGUGGGGCUUGAUGCAUGUCGUUCGGGCCUCUUACCUCGUUUGGGCUUGGGUUUGGGCCUCUUACCUCGUUUGGGCUUGGUUAGGAGAGGGAGGCAGAGGAAAUGGGAACUGAUGCCCUUGCGUCCAUUUCAAUGUUUCCGUAGCCUGAUUCGUAGAAAACGUAUACGUAGUAUACGGUUUCGGAGGAGCGAAGAGGAGGGCAGCAUAACACGGUUUCGUGGUAACGCUCCUGGCAGGGCAAUGUUCUUUGACUAACGCACUUUAACCGCUUCUAAACGGCCGAGCGCUAAAUGUUAAGCUUACCGUGCGGCGCUAAGGAGGGAUGUCUCCUUGUGAAGAGCCCUGUCUUGGCCCUAGCAACCGAGUACCGGUAAUGAGGGCAAGUGCCACUACACGGCAUUGCACGCCAUAGCGACACGUGUGUACCUUCUUGCGUGACACUCAGACGCCAUGUGCGAUCCAUGUUAUGGGCACCUCCGGGCUUCCCAUGGGUACGGUGACACUUCGCCUUGGGACCAGAGCAGACCGAAUAGAACUGCCAUAUCUCCCAGCAAUUGAAAGUAACGUG